ACCAACUACGAUGGCUACAUCGCGCAACCUCGUGGGCAUAACGCUGCUGGAUGAGCUACCGGAUCUGCCCUACGACGCUAGCGAUGACAGCUCCAGCUCGUUACACACGUACUUCCGCGGAUCUUGGGGCUUGUUAUUCUCACACCCGGACGACUUCACGCCUAUCUGCACCACAGAGCUGGGCGAGGUGGCGCGACUGGAGAAUGCCGGGGAGUUCGCUCGACGCGGCGUCAAGUUGCUGGCGCUGUCAUGCAACGACGUGGCCAGUCACAAACGCUGGGUCGUCGAUAUCGAGCAGUUUUCGGGGGCCAAAGUGAACUACCCCAUUGUGGCGGAUCCUAGCCGUCGCACUGCUGCGCAACUGGGCAUGCUGUCUCAAGAUGAUCUUGACCAAGAAGGAAUACCGCUCACGGUUCGCACGCUUUUCGUGUUAGACUCGAAAGUGCGUGUCCGUCUCAUGCUCACGUAUCCGGCCAGCACGGGUCGCAACUUUGUGGAGGUGCUACGAGUGCUUGACUCGCUCCAACUAACAGACCAGAAGAAGCUGGCCACGCCAGUGAACUGGAAGCAAGGCGAGCGUGUGUGUAUUACCCCGCAAGUGACAGCUACUGAAGCUGCUGAAAAGUAUCCAGAUGUGCACGUAGAGAAGCUGCCUUCCAGCAAGAAUUAUCUGCGAUUCACCAAGCAAUACUAGCCACCUCUUAACAUUUCUCCUGAAAAUUUGGACGUAUGAAAAUCCAUAGCAACUUAGUGUACGUUGUGCAAUCAGAUCUCAUUAAGCUUAGUUGUGCAGUAAUUGCUCGAACCCUCGUUGCAGGAAGUCCGCUAACUGGGGAUUUGGCAAUUCCAAGUCCAGUGUGCGUCUGGGUGUCACCAGCGAUACGUAGCACUCGUAACGCGCAACAUUACCGGACCGCUUGAGCACCGCCGUCUUCAUGCCACGUGCGACUUGAAUCACAUCUGCGAGGACAACACUCUGCUCCAGACGUGCAUGUUUUCCUUUCCCCACUCGAUCGGCAGGACCCAUGGCCUUCUGCCAGAAAACUCGUUUGAAGUUGAGAUCUGUGAAAAUGAGUCGCGGGUGUGGUCGACCACGUCGACCAUGUUUGACGGCUUCGAAUCCAUCUAGUAGGAGUUCCUUGAAUGUAUCCAUGUCGACCGAUGCGGCGGCAAUCUCUAAGCUAGUGAUGCUCAUGUUGCUUUGAACGCUACUGCUGCUACUGCUGCGGACACUGGCCGAUUCUCUCACUAUUACAGGCUGAACGGGUAAG